AUGCAUUUUUCCAGUCAGUGCACUUUCAAGAACCAUAGGUGCCAUGAAUGUGGUCGGACCGGCCAUAAGGACGGCUACUGUUACUGUUUCGCAUCCAAAUCUGGCUCCAGAAGGAAGCAGCAAAAUAAUAAGAAGUACGCAUCAAAGAUUGUGACAGUCAAGAAUGUUAAUCGCAGCCGGCGAUAUGUGGAGACGGCUAUCAACGGAGUUCCAGUUGAACUGCAGCUGGACUCGGGCUCCGACAUAACCAUCAUUUCGAAACAAAAUUGGAUCAAUGUUGGAGCACCUCAAACAUCUCCACCGAACUGCAAAGUUCAAACAGCUUCCGGACAAAAGUUGGGUAUCGCAGCCAUGUUUCGAGCAUCGUAUACCAUCAACGGAACUCAAAAGGAAGGCUCAGACCUCAUGGAUGAGUUUGGGCUCUGGGACGUUCCAUUCUCAUCGUUUUUGCAUCUCACACUCAAGCCGGACGCUCAGCCGAUAUUCAAACCCAAGCGGCCAGUAUCGUACAACAUGGAGGCCAUCGUUGAGGACGAGUUGAAGCGACUGGAAGACUCAGGCAUCAUCACACCGGUAACCUAUGCAGAUUGGGCGGCUCCAAUUGUUGUGGUCCGCAAACCGGAUCGAUCCGUUCGCAUUUGUGCGGAUUUUUCCACCGGAUUGAACAACGCCCUUGAAUCUAACAGCUACCCAUUACCACUUCCGGAGGACAUUUUCAAUCGAAUGGCGCAAUGCACAGUAUUUAGCCAUAUCGACCUAUCAGAUGCAUAUUUGCAAGUUGAGGUCGAUGAGGAAAGCAAAAAAAUGCUUACAAUCAACACCCACAAGGGUCUCUACCGCUUCAACCGUCUGUCUCCCGGUGUUAAGACUGCACCUGGAGCGUUCCAGCAGAUUAUGGAUGCCAUGCUGAGCGGUAUCCCAGGUACAUGCCCAUAUCUCGACGAUAUUUUCAUCGGCGGUCGGAAUGCCGAAGAACACAAGCGGAAUUUGUACUUUGUCCUACAGCGUUUGCAAGAAUAUGGCUUCACGAGAGUACACGCGGAUUUUGCGGGCCCUCUAAACGACACGUACUUCCUGAUUGUUGUUGAUUCUUUCUCUAAAUGGCCGGAAGUGAUUCCAACCAAACGUAUUACCACCGCCGCAACGAUUGCUAGCCUUCGGAAAAUUUUCGGUAGAUUUGGAAUGCCGGAAGUUUUAGUGACCGAUAACGGAGCGCAACUAACAAGUGACGCUUUUGAAGGAUUCUGUGAGGCAAAUGGGAUCAUGCACCUCAAAACAGCACCGUUUCAUCCUCAAAGCAAUGGACAGGCGGAGCGCUUUGUUGACACGUUUAAGAGAACCGUUAAGAAAAUCCAAGCGGGAGGGAAAGACUUAGAUGAAGCACUCGACAUUUUCCUCUCCUGCUACCGAUCAACACCCUGUAGGAGUGCACCUGGUGGAAAAUCACCUGCUGAAAUCCUGAUCGGUCGUCCGAUGCGUAUAUCUUUGGAGCUUCUUCGACCACCGAGCAACUUUUCCAAAGCAACAAACAGCAACCAAGAUCGCCAGUUCAACAAGAAACAUGGUGCAAAAGACAAGACCUUCGAAGUGCAAGACAAUGUAUGCCCAAGUACACCAUGGCAACAACUGGACCUGGUGCAAAGGUGA